GAAGAGUCAAAAUUCUUAUUUGAAAAUUUGACCGUUUUGUAGAGAGAACACGUACUUCUCGUAUUUUCACGUCCCAGAUCCCUGCAAGAGAAUUAUAUUAUAUCACUUCAGUCCCCCAUUCUCCCCUUUUUGAGCCUACUUCUUCACGUGCUCUCACUUUCACAGUGUGGUUUUUCCCUAUCCAGUGCUUUUGUUUCAAUGUUUGGUUAAUCAUUUUUUAAAUAUUACUUGUUUGUCUUCUGUUUAAAGUAUUGCUUUAACACUUUCAUUCACAGUAACUAGCCAUGCAUGUGUUCUUCUCGAUAUUACUUUCCGUUGUGGGCUUCGCAUCGCUUCAUUUCUAGUGUUUGCUUUCGGGUUUUUUUUUUUGGUUGGUUUCUGAAAUUUGAAUGUAUAGGUUGGGAUUCAUCUGUAUCAGACAUUAAAUUUUCGAAUUGAUGGGGUUUAUAUGCUUUUUUAAAGUUAGAUUAAGUAAUCUUUAUCAUGAUGUAAAUAAGACAAGCUUCUGGGGAUUUUACUAUUGAGUAUAUGAGAGGUGUUAAUGUACGCAGUUGCCAGAUGUUUCGCCUUUUUGCAUUAUUUGUGUCUUGUGAGUGGGUUUCAGAGUGAAAGUUUCAAUGGUUUUGAUAAAACUUAUCUUUUCGGGGUUCUUUAUUUCUGAUGUGUUCUAAUCAAAUAGAAAUUGAGCAACUUAAAAGAAUCGGUGGUCUCAAGUAGGUACCGUUCCGAAUUGUGACUGUGUUUGUUGUUUCUUAUUCAUUACAUUGUCAGUGUUAGUAAUUGAGAGAGUCUUUAUAGUUCUCUUGAGUAGUUGAAAGAGAAAUAGGAUAAUUUGUUUUGUUUAUUGUUUUUGCGAAAUGGGGCAUCCUGCAGCAAUUUGUGAUGUUAAAUCAACAUCCGAGAUGACAAAGGACUGGAAUGGGAUUGAUCAGGUUGUGCUUCGAAACCCACAAGGGGCCUCUGCUAAGUAUGGCACAGGUCAGCUUACAAGGGGGACAAGUUACUUCAUGGAGAAAUGAGAAAGGAGAGGAACUUCUGUUCACCAGUAGUAAGGCAAAUUUUAAACCCUCAAAAGCAAUACGCGGCGGAAUCCCUAUAUGUUUCCCUCAGUUCGGAAACUGUGGAUCAUUAGAGCAGCAUGGAUUUGCAAGGAACAAAAUAUGGACAAUUGAGGAAAUUACACCACCUCUGCAACCAAAUGAUUUCAAUAGAAAAGGCUGUGUUGACCUACUGCUUAAACCAUCUGAAGAAGAUUUGAAGUGCUGGCCCCACAGCUUCGAGUUUCGUCUUAGAGUCUUGCUUGGAGUAGAUGGAGAUCUGACAUUAACAUCACGAGUGAGGAACAUCAAUGGCAAGCCAUUUACUUUCUCUUUUGCAUAUCACACAUAUUUGUUGGUUUCUGAUAUAAGUGAAGUGAGGAUAGAAGGCUUGGAGACAGUUGACUACCUUGAUAAUCUUCACCAAAGAGAACGUUUUACAGAACAAGGAGAUGCUAUUACUUUUGAAUGUGAGGUGGACCGAGUUUAUCUUCAUUGCCCUAAUGUAAUUGCAGUUCUUGAUCAUAAAAAGCAAAGAACAUAUGUUAUAAGAAAGGAAGGCCUGCCCGAUGUUGUGGUGUGGAAUCCAUGGGAGAAGAAAUCAAAGUCAAUGGUACAUUUUGCUGACGAGGAAUACAAACAGAUGCUAUGUGUUGAUGGAGCAGCAAUUGAGAAACCUAUCACACUGAAACCCGGUGAGGAGUGGACAGGGCGAUUGCAACUUUUGGUAGUGCCUUCAACUUUCUGUGAUGAACAAUUUGAUCUUUAGAAUGAAGGACUUUUUGAGAAAUGGUACAAAGUUUUAAACUGUAAAUGUUUUGGUUUCAUGGUUUGUAGUUGCAAGAAUAGCUCAAUUUUACUUUGAGAUGUAUUUUGUAGGAUUUAACUGACUGGGAAAGUUCUGGUUUCUGGAAAUAGACAUGCCUUGUAGUCAA